AGAAACUGCUACGUAACUCACCCAAUCUCCGCUAAGCUCCCGAAAACUUCAGUUCUCCAACUCCAUCUCUACCACACAUAGCCGGUUAGCCCUAGGUCAGGGGCGCUCGUGACAUCUUGGGUGCGUAAAAGCGACCAAGGGAGGAGACAGUUGUUGGGUUUCUCCAGGCUCCAGGGAAGAUGUCAGGUUAUGAGAAUGUUGUUGGGGGUAAGCUGAAGCUUAAGGGAAAAGCUCUGGAUGUCAAGGCUGGUGGGGUGAAGAAGAAAAAGAAGAAUAAAAAACAUCAGGAUCAAAUUUCUGAAGUCACAGAAAAUGAGCUUACGGCAGGUGGAAGUGCGGAGCUGCCCACUGAUCCUAAUGAGGAAGAUGCAAAUGAUGGCAACAAAUUGAUUGGGGAUGGGAAGGCUGCUCGUUAUGAUGAUCAUCUCACUCCCGCAGAAAGGAGAUAUAUAGAAGAAAGGGAGAGAAUCGAUGUUCAUAGACUGGCGAAGACAGCUAACAAAUCUCAUCGAGACAGGAUUCAGGAUUUCAACCAGUAUCUAGCAAAUAUGAGUGAGCAUUAUGACAUUCCUAAAGUUGGCCCAGGAUGAGACAGCAAAGCUUAUGAUUUUGAAGGAAGGAUGAACCCUUUGUUUGUCAAUCUAAUGUGAGUGCUAUGUGUGCCCAAUGUGAUUCUUGUCAUCUUAGAUUUAUGUUCUGUUUGGUCAUGUUUUGAUGUAUGGUAGAUGGUCUUUUCUCUUUUUUCCUGCUUUGGAAUGUACAUACCAGUUGCAAUUUAUAAAAAAACUUUGCAUGUUCUAGAAUAA